GUUUGCCUGUACUGUAUUUCCUUCAGCAUCAUAACAAGAGACCCGAUGUGAAUUUAAAACACCCGAUUUAUUAUUUAUUCGUGACCCAAAAAAAAAAAAUCACGUGAUCGAAAACUAUACACAGGCCUUCAAUAUAAGCAAAGCUGCAAUUUUCAAUUGCGAUGCAAUGUCCCUUUAAAAACUUACGAGCGGAACUCGGUGACCCAAUGGCUCCAUCUCCAAUGUCACAUAUGUAAAGUAUUACUUUUAUCGUCACCAACAUUGAAAAUAACCAAAGUGUGAUAAUAUUAAACGCCUUUUAGGUUGAUUCUCAUGGAAGAAAAGGGAAUUAAACGUUUCCUCAUGACGUUGGAGAAUGUGGUGCUCUUAGCCAGCCAAUGAGCAUCAGUGCAUCAGCGUCGUAAACAAGGACCUGCUUCGCUUUCUUCGUCAUACUAUUUUUAUGUAACAACUUAAAAAAUACACUUUACACACUAUACCCGGGAAUGAUAAAUCUACCGGGCAUGACAGAAGACGCGACGUUUUCGUUAUAAAAAAAGCGUCGCGCAAAGAUUUCGGACAGUAUCAUCACGCGACGAUGGAUCCGAGCUCCAGCGCCUCGACUGUUCCCGCAGCUUUGACUGUGCAAGUGUGUUUCCCAUCUGUGCGUGCUGCGGUCCUGGACAAUCUGAAUCACCAGCGAGAGGAGGGACGGCUGUGUGACCUGUCGAUCCACGUGCAAGGAAAAGUGUUCAAGGCCCAUCGCUGUGUGCUCGCUGCAUCCUCGCCUUACUUCCAUGACCAGGUGUUACUGAAGAAUGUGACAACAGUUUCCCUCCCGUCAGUCAUGGACCCAGUGGCGUUUGAGAGCGUGCUAAGUUCCGCGUACACAGGCCAGCUGAGUAUCGUUCACGAUGACAUCGUCAACUACGUCACCGUGGCCAGUUUCCUCCAGAUGUGGCACAUCGUGGACAAAUGCACAGAGAUCCUAAAAAGACCCCGGCCCUCGGCAGACGUAACCCCGCCGGACGCUUCGGCAGUUUACGCCGGCGGCGCAUCCAGACAGCAGUCGCCGAGCAGCACCGACUGUUUGUAUCUAGAGAGAGACGGGAGAAGGAAAGAGGCACAUAAACCCGACGCCUUGCCUCCUUUAGCGACGUGGAGGCGCCCGCAGCAGUUUUCGAGAUGGGGGAGCUCACGGCCCUCCUCGGGGCAGCACUUGGCCGACUCCCAACUGGAUGCCCUCCCAUACUCCGAGAGCGAUUACACCUGCUGCGAAGAGACUUGCGACAGCAAAAGUGGCCAUUUCGGCCACGGUAGCCCAAGUGCAGAGAUAUUGAAACAGAAGCUCAGGUGUCAGCCUCGAGCAGCUCUGCAGAGUGUUGACAGGCAGAGCGAAAGGAACACCGGCGGUGAGGGUGGCGACACACCGCAGAGGAAGAAGAAUGAGAAACGAGAGCUGGAGGCGGAUGAAGGAAUUGGAGAAGAGGCAGUUGAGAAGAAAGAAGGAUUUGCACCAACGGGUCAUUGUGGAGACUUACAGCCCAUGUUAGUCGAGAGCGAAGAGUCAAGACGAGCCACGGCGAAGUUGAGUUUGGUGGCGGUACGAGCUAAAUCGCAGAUGUUGCCCAGCGUGCCGCCUUGCCAUAAAGCCGAAAGCCCUUUAGGAGAACCCUGUGCCGUUUUAGCCCGAGUGCAGUGGCAAGCAGGUCCCUGGUCUCAACAAGAGUCCAGACCACAAGAUGGGGAGGUGGUCGCUAAAGCUGAGGAGGGCUUGCCAUGUCUCACAGAGGGCAAAUUUCACUCUGGGACAUAUGAUGAGAUUGAAGAUGGGACGGGUCAGGUUUCUCAGAGACCCCUGGUGCCCGCGUCGCCCGAUUUCACCUUGGCUGCCUCGGAGGGGAGCUGGCCCUCCACCAGCAUGGUGCAGAGCGGCUCCUCCUUAACCCUCUCCUCCAGUCGCCAUUUGCCGCCCUCUUCCGCCAGUCUGCCGCCGCCACCCUCGUCGCCCCCAACGCCGUCGUCGUCGUCAUCCUCGGUGGCCAUGGCCAGCGCCCCGUACUCGGGCAAAGUCCACUUCUGUCACUGCGGCAAAGCCUUCACGCUGAAGAGCAUGCGCGACCGCCACGUGAAGAUGCAACAUCUCAACCUGCGGCCUUUCGGCUGCCCCGUUUGCAACAAGUCCUUCAAGAUGAAACAUCAUCUCACCAAGCAUCUGAAGACCCACGGGGGGCUGCGGCCUUACGAGUGCGGCGUGUGCGGGAAGAAGGUCAUCUGGAGAGACAGCUUCCUGAGGCACCAAGCCAGAUGCGAAAGGAUCGCUUCCUCCGAUAACAACGCGGGCUCGGCUCGGGCCGACAUGGACGAUGGCUACGGUUACUCGUUUGAUGGCGGGGACGCCUUUCUCUCCAUGGGAGGACAAGUGAAAGUGGAGGAAGUGGAUUUCAACGGAGACAUGGAGGAUGGGAUGAGCGGUUUGCUGGGAAGUGUGUCCGGGAUUGUGGAAGAACUAAGAACUCAACAUUUAGACACUGGUGGUCAUGCAUACAAAGAGGAGGCGGGAGAGAACUUUGAGGAAACAAAGUAGUUUGAAACCAUCCACGCGAGUCUCGAAUCUAGAAGUGUCAUUCCAUGUAAAAUCGAAACUAAGGAUUUUCCCUUCGACGCGAAGCUUUUCACUUCAUUUUGAGAUGUGGUUGCAAGUGAAAGUGACCAUCCAUACCUUUGAAACUGCAGUUGUGCCGCAAUUUAUGAUUGACCAGACCUAUGAGUUUUUCAAGAUAUAAAUAUUUUUUUGUCUUGAGUUACAUGCAAAAUUUAUCUU